UGGUGCCUCUAGGAGGCCAUAAACGGCACACUAGCAUGUAUAUUCUAAGCAUUGUAGUAUAACCACAUAACUCAUUGAAAUACUGCGCUAAGGUGCAUGCCAUGCUCCCGUGUGAUUCCUUUGUACACGUGAAAAUAUAGUUGUUCUCACAUUGAUUCAGAUAUUUCAGCGUCUUUGGGGCAACCAAAACACGCCAGCCACUAUGUCGUCUGCAUCAAGCUUCAUCGAGCAAACGUUGGAUAGUAGCCCCGUUGUCAUAUUUUCGAAGAGAUAUUGUCCAUACUGCAUAAAGGCUAAACAAGUAUUUGACGAUCUUCAGGUAUCUUAUCACACUGUUGAGCUUGACGGUAGGGCAGAUGGCAGUGACAUACAGAAAGUUUUGAAGCAAAUGACUGGUGCCAGCACGGUCCCUAGGGUGUUUGUGAACAAGCAGUGCCUGGGUGGUUGCAGUGACUUGGAAGAAAUGUAUGAGAACAACAAGCUACAAACACUACUCAAGUCAAAUGGAUUGCUGCAAUGAAAUUUGACUUAAGGAUGGCAGUGUAUGGGUGUGCUCAAUAUUUAAAAAAAUAUGUAAUAAAUACUUUGAAUAAAAUAGUCACCAAUGUGCCA